ACAAAAACACACACAACACACUUUGAACAACAAACAAAAAGCUUAAAUCGAUCAACAAUGUCGAAGAUUCCGGUUAUAACGUUCGUGGUGGCCUUAAUCGCGGUGCUAGCUUUUCCGGUUCGCAGCCAACAACCGCCGCUAAGCCAAUGUACUCCGACUAUGAUGACCACCGUUGGUCCUUGUAUGGGUUUCUUAACAAACAGCACAAGCAACGGAACUUCACCGUCGUCUGAUUGUUGUAACUCGCUUAGGUCUUUGACUACCGGAGGAAUGGGAUGUCUUUGUCUUAUUGUCACCGGAACUGUUCCUUUUAAUAUUCCGAUUAACCGCACAACCGCCGUUUCUCUUCCUCGUGCUUGUAACAUGCCUAGAGUCCCUCUUCAAUGCAAAGCUAAUAUUUCUCCAGCUGCUGCUCCUGGACCAGCUGGUGCAUUUGGACCAGCGAUGUCUCCAGGUCCAGCGACGACUCCAAUUGUUCCAGAGCCGACUCCGGCAGCUCAGACACCACAGUCUGAUGCAACUCGACCUUUUACACCAACCGGUGCAGCUCCUACGGCUGACGACGGAGGAAGCACCAGUCCAUCUUCUGUCACUCCUUCAUCCUCCUACGCUCUCUCACCAUCUCUUCUCUUCUUUGGUGUCACCCUCGUAGCCCUCAAAUUCUAUUGAUCUCAUUGUUCACCUUCCUUUGUAUUCCUCGUGUUAUUUGAUUUAUGCAUUUUCGAUUUAUAUAGAAAGAAAGAACCAUUUGUUUGGCCAUUUGCUU